AUGAAAUUCUUCGCUGUUGCUGUCUUACUAGCCUUCGUCGCCGUCGCUGCUGCGCAAGAGGAAAGCGAUUAUAUUGGCAUCGGCAAGUUGACCGAGGAGCAGAAACAAAAGGCUCACGCUUUGGGCAUUGAAUGCUUGAAGGAAACCGGUGCUUCCGAAGAGGCGAUUCGUGCUCACAUCAAAGGCGAUGACAGCCAAGUCGAUGGCAAAGUCAAAUGCUUCAUCAAGUGCAUGCUGGGUAAAUUUGGCUAUGUAGAGAAUGGUGAGGUCAAUGAGGAAAACUUACAGAACUUUUUGGGCAAAUUGAUCGGCGAGGAGAAGGCUAAGGCUGCUCAAGCUAAGUGCAAUGGUUUAAAGGGCACCGACGAAUGUGACACCGCCUACCAAAUUCGCCAAUGUUAUUCAGCUGAUUACAACGGCUUCGCUUUUUAA